AUGGGUACAUUGGAUGGACAAACAUUUAAAGAGCGAAAACUUGACCGAGGCGAAUAUCCGGUAGCUGUACAAAUGCUUUGGACACGACCGUUGCAUGGUGAAAGUAAUGAAGCUACACCAAAGAAUCGUUUAGUAUUGAGGUAUCGUGAAUAUCCCGAUUUAUGUAUGCUACCAGAGCUUACAGAACAAACAUUACUUGAUAAUUUAAAGGAUCGUUUUGCUAGUGGACAUAUAUAUACCUAUAUUGGGCCAAUUUUAUUAGCUGUUAAUCCGUUUAGCUUCUUUCCAAUUUAUAAUCCAAAGUAUGCUCGAUUGUAUUCACAAAUUCGACAACUUUCCAGUAUGCCACCACAUAUUUUUGCUAUUGCUAAUAUUACAUAUCACAGCAUGUUACGGAUUAAGAAAAAUCAAUGUAUUGUGAUAAGUGGUGAAUCAGGUUCCGGAAAAACUGAAUCAACAAAUUUCCUGUUGCAUCAUUUCACUACACUUAGUCAAAAAGGUUCUAGCACUGGAAGUUCCGUUGAACAAACCCUACUUUCUGCUGGACCUGUACUUGAGGCAUUUGGAAAUGCAGUAACAGUGCAAAAUAAUAAUAGCAGCAGGUUUGGGAAAUUUAUUCGAGUGAAUUAUCGAGAAAAUGGAAUGGUUUCAGGAGCAAAUGUUGAAAUUUAUUUGCUAGAGAAAUCACGAAUUAUUUCACAAGCUAUUGAUGAAAGGAAUUAUCAUGUUUUUUACUAUUUAUUAAAUGGUGCAACCGACGAGGAGCGACAAAGGCAUUAUUUGUUGCAACCAACCGAUUAUAAUUAUCUUAAUCAGAAUAAUUUUUAUGCAGCUGAAGGAGUAAACGAAUGUUACGAAUAUCAAAGACUUAAAUAUGCUAUGGAUGCGGUUGGCUUUUCACAACAAUCCCAACAAAAUAUGUUUGCUGUCAUUUCAGCUGUAUUACUUCUUGGAAAUAUACAGUAUGUCAGGAGAAGUGGUUAUCAUAGUGAUGAGAAUGUUUCAAUUGGUAAUGAAGAAAUAUUAGGUAUCAUUUCAACAUUAUUACAUAUAAAAGCAUCUAAUCUACAACAAGCUUUAACAAUGCGUCGAACAGUGAUGAAAAAUGAUGUCGUUAUCUCACAGUAUAAUGUUAGCGAAGCAAAAGAUACACGUGAUGCGAUGGCAAAAUGUCUAUACAAUGCCUUAUUUCAUUGGAUAGUAUUACGUAUAAAUCAAGCGUUGCUGAAAAAAGAACGAAUUACAUCAAAGAAAGGAUAUUAUAUUGGUAUCCUGGAUAUUUUUGGAUUUGAAGAUGUUGGUGGAAAGUGGAAUUCAUUUGAGCAACUUUGUAUUAAUUAUGCAAAUGAACAUUUGCAAGCUUACUUCAAUCAACAUAUCUUCCAAUUUGAGCAGGAAGAAUAUUUAAAAGAAGGAAUUACUUGGACAAACAUCGAAUACACCGAUAAUACCGAAUGUGUUCAAUUGUUUCAGAGCAAACCAUAUGGUAUAUUACGAUUGAUUGAUGAGGAAAGUAAUAUUAAUAAUGGAACAGAUGAAUCAAUGCUGGAUAAGCUUAAUCAUUUCCUUAAAAAUAAUGAAUAUUAUGAGACACCUCAGAAGCGUGAAUCAGCAUUCAUUGUUGCGCAUUAUGCGGGAAAAGUGAAAUAUCAAAUUAAGGGUUUUCGUGAUAAAAAUAAGGAUUUAAUGCGACAAGAAGUAUUAAUGAUGAUCAAAAAAGUAAAAGUACAUUUGUUCGAGGAUUAG